GGAAAUUUCGAAUAACAGGAAACCGAGGCCAGGCAAGGCGAGCGGCCCCACCCUGCCCGGGGGUGAGCCGCCCGGGGCUCAGUCUGUCCCAGGGGACCGCCAUGAACGGCACGGGGCCCCCAGCGGCCGCCCCCGAGUCGUGCCAGCAGCUGGCGGCCAGCGGGCACAGCCGGCUCCUCGUCCUGCACUACAACCACUCGGGCCGGCUGGCGGGGCGGGCCGGGCCCGACGAGGGCGGCCUGGGGGGCCUGCGGGGGCUCUUCGUGGCGGUGAGCUGCCUGGUGGUGCUGGAGAACCUGCUGGUGCUGGUGGCCAUCGUGACCCGCAUGCGCUCGCGGCGCUGGGUCUACUACUGCCUGGUCAACAUCACGCUCAGCGACCUGCUCACCGGCGUCGCCUACCUGGCCAACGUGCUGCUGUCGGGGGCCCGCACCUUCCUGCUGGCGCCCGCCCAGUGGUUCCUGCGCGAGGGGCUGCUCUUCAUGGCGCUGGCCGCCUCCACCUUCAGCCUGCUCUUCACGGCCGGGGAGCGCUUCGCCACCAUGGCGCGGCCGCUGGGCGGCGGCGGGGCCGGCAAGACGGGCCGCGUGUACGGCUUCAUCGGGCUGUGCUGGCUGCUGGCCGGCCUCCUGGGGCUGCUGCCCCUGCUCGGCUGGAACUGCGUGUGCGCCUUCCCGCGCUGCUCCAGCCUGCUGCCGCUCUACUCCAAGGAGUACAUCGUCUUCUGCGUGGCCGUCUUCGCCUGCCUGCUGGCCGCCAUCAUGGUGCUCUACGGGGCCAUCUUCCGGGUGGUGCGCGCCAACGGGCGGAAGGCGCCCCGGGUGCUGGCCCGCCGCAAGGCCCGCCGGCUGCUCAACACGGUGCUCAUGAUCCUGGUGGCCUUCCUGGUGUGCUGGGGCCCGCUCUUCGGCCUGCUGCUGGCCGACGUCUUCAGCUCCAACGACUGGGCGCAGGAAUACCUGCGCGGCAUGGACUGGAUCCUGGCGCUGGCCGUGCUCAACUCGGCGGUCAACCCGCUCAUCUACUCCUUCCGCAGCCGGGAGGUGUGCCAGGCCGUGCUGGGCUUUCUGUGCUGCGGGUGCCUGCGGCUGGGCCUGCGGGGGCCGGGGGACUGCCUGCUCAAGGCCGCCCAGGCCCACUCCGAAGCCUCCACCACGGACAGCUCGCUGAGGCCCAGGGACAGCUUUCGGGGCUCCCGGUCGCUCAGUUUCCGGAUGCGGGAGCCUCUGUCCAGCAUCUCCAGCGUGCGGAGCGUCUGAGCCACCGCGGGGGAGGGGCGGGGGCCGGGGCACCGCCAGGGCGCAGGGGGCUCCGACGGAGGGGCGGGGGCGGGGCCACCAGCCAGGGGUGCGCCCCAGGGUCCUGUGCCCUCCUCACAGUGCCCGGGCCUGCGGGCGCCAAGCCGGUGUCCCGUGGUCUCCCUGGAGAAGGAGACGACUGCCGCUGGGGCAGGGCGGGGCUUCUGCUCUGUCCCUCCGCAGCUCCCAAGUCGUUCCCCAGGGGAGUCCCCGCCCCUCCCGGCCUCAGGGGGCUCCCAGGCUGCCGGGGUGGGGGGGCGGCCGGCGGCUCGGAAGUUUGCAGCCUCCCCCGCAUUCCCCGUGGGGGCAGAGGGACAAUGGCGUGGGGCAGCGUGGGAGGAGGUGUGCCCCUGCCAGGGAGGGCCGUGGGCCUGUGUGGAUCCGGGGUGUGGUGCUGAGGGCGGGAGGCAGAGUGAGGAUGAGUGUGUGUGCGAGGGAGUGAGGUGGGCACGGGCCAGCGGGUGUGUGUGGGCGUGUCUGCGUGUGCACAGACUCCUCCGCGUGCACUCGCGUGUGGAAGUGCGAGAGCCCCGGGCCGCCAGGUGGGCCCCCAGCCCCUCUCGCCCACUUCCCCUUUCCGGGCCUCAUCUCUCAUCCUGGCCCCGCAGACUCCUCCCGGCCUGCACCUCGCGGGGGGGCCCCAUCUGGGGGUAACAGCGGCAGCCGCCUGGCCCUCCCGACCUCCGGGAAUUGCCCCCUCCUUAGAGUUCCUUUUAUUUAUUAUUAUCAUUUUAAAAAGUUUACUUCAUCUCCUAGUUAUACGGCUUCCAUAGCUUUUAUCUUCCAUCUUCUUGGUUUUUUUUUUUAAGUAGGCUUCACGCCCUGCGUGGAGCCCAGGGUGGGGCUUGAACCCACAACCCUGGGAUCAAGACCUGAGCUGAGAUCGAGUCAGAUGCUCAACCGACCGAGCCACGCAGGUGCCCCCGGAGUUCCCGUUAGCACUAAGUGCCUUGCCCUUCUCUCCUGUAAAAUGGGCCGAAUACGGACAGAACCCCUGGCAGGAGGCCCUCGCCAGGCCGAGUGGCGUCCAGUGCGCCUGACGAAGCUCCUGCCAAUGGUGGGAAGGCGAGGUCCAUUCCGGGAGCCCCGUGGCUGCUGAGCACUUGAUCGGGGUCAGCGCUGCUGGCGAGCAGAACUUAGUUUGAGUUUAAAUAGCCCGUGGCAUCGCGGCCAGCCUGCUGGACGGCGCGGGCGACUUGCGGCCAAUUUCAGUGGCAGAAAGUCCCUCUCGCCAGGUCUUCCUGCCUCCGUCCCGCCGCGUUCCUGGGGGGCAGCCCUGCCGGCCACAUGGGCACAGGGCGGCUCCUCUCUGGCCCUCGGUGGCUUCUCCGCACGAUGAUGGUGGGGUGCGUGGACCCCGUGCGCUGUGCUGCCAGCCGCGGGCCGCCGUUUUCAACAAACGCAAAUGAGAUGGAAUUUUAAAAUCCACUUUCUCGGUGCAUCGGUGGGCUGGAGGGGCCCCGUCACAGCGGCGCGGACCGAGUUCGUGGCUUGGUCACCUCCGUGAAGACCCUCUCUCCAGAUCCAGUCUCAUUCUGAGGACUCAGAUGUGAGCUCUGAGGGGGACACGAUUCAGCCCAUGGCGUCCAGUCACGCCGGCCACAUCUCCAGCACUCCCUAGUGGCAUGUGGCUCGGGGCCACUGCUGGGGAUGGUGUAGACGCACGACAGGUCCAUCAUCACGGGGCCGUCUGUUGUCCAGAAACUCCAGGCACGUGGCCAGGUGUGCAAUAAACUGGGACGUUCUUUUA